AUGGGUUUGUUGUCACUUCCAACUGUCAAGAGUGAAGUUCUCACCUCCACCAAACUGCGUUUCAAGAAGUUCUAUUCUGUCCUCUAUGUCGUGAUGGGGGGAAUUGAUACUUCUAUCUUUGUCGAUGAGCAAAAGAGUUUAUUAAACGCGUUGAAUGUGACAUGUCGCAAAUUUAAGACCUUUGCGACAGAGGAUUGGCUCUCGAUGCGCUGUGAGAUCCUCAGCCAGAUCCUCACCCGUGUCGACAAACAGACAAACAUCCUCGACAAACGGACAAAAGCAAUUCAAAGUGCCAAAAAAGUCGAAUUACCUGAAACAGUCGUCAACAAUGAUCAGGGGGUCGAGAUGGAUUCCGAAGGCGUUGGGAGUGUAGCCAGUACAGAGCAGACCUUUAUCAGUGUAUCAGGAAUGAAGAUGUUAAACCCUCGAAAAAAGACGGUAAUAGGGACUGUCAACAAAUACGUGUUACCAAAGUGGGCUAAAGGAACUGAAUGUGACUGA